AGGAUAAAUAGUGGAGCACUGCGCCAAGAGACUCAGUUUAGAGGGAGGAUCGUCGAUCGACUGAGGUUGUCCCUUCUCACAUCGGUUAACGCCACAUUUAAACAUACUUGAUACCAUCGAAACACUUUCCCAGAUAUAUCAGCCGUAACCAUGAUGAACGGAGAGAUGAACGGUUAUCAUAACUCCCGUAUCGAGGAGGACUGCUUCUUAUUCACCUCAGAGUCGGUUGGAGAAGGACACCCCGACAAGAUCUGCGAUCAGAUCAGUGAUGCAAUCCUAGAUGCUCAUCUCAAGCAGGAUCCUGAUGCUAAAAUUGCAUGUGAGACUGUUGCCAAGACAGGCAUGAUCCUGUUGGCAGGUGAAGUAACGUCGCAUGCAGCUGUUGACUAUCAGAAAGUUGUGCGUGACACCAUCCGCCUAAUUGGAUAUGAUGACUCAUCCAAAGGGUUUGACUUUAAGACCUGCAAUGUGCUUGUGGCUUUGGAGCAGCAGUCUCCCGACAUCGCUCAAGGUGUUCACAUUGACCGCAAUGAGGAGGACAUUGGUGCUGGGGACCAGGGUUUGAUGUUUGGAUAUGCAACCGAUGAGACUGAAGAAUGUAUGCCGCUCACAAUUAUCCUUGCCCACAAACUGAAUGCCAAGAUGGCAGAUCUGAGGCGCAAUGGCACCCUUCCAUGGCUUCGGCCAGACUCAAAGACACAGGUGACUGUUCAGUACCGGCAGGAUCGUGGUGCCAUGCUCCCCGUGCGAGUGCACACAAUUGUCAUUUCUGUUCAACAUGAUGAGGAAAUCUGCCUGGAAGAGAUGAGGGACGCUCUGAAGGAAAAGGUCAUCAAAACUGUUGUCCCCUCUGUGUAUUUGGACGAUGACACCAUUUACCAUUUGCAACCCAGUGGGCGUUUUGUAAUUGGAGGUCCACAGGGAGACGCUGGCCUCACUGGACGUAAAAUCAUUGUAGACACCUAUGGAGGCUGGGGAGCCCAUGGUGGAGGAGCCUUCUCUGGUAAAGAUUACACCAAAGUGGAUCGCUCCGCUGCGUAUGCUGCACGCUGGGUGGCCAAAUCUCUGGUGAAGGCUGGGCUCUGCAGAAGAGUGUUGGUUCAGGUGUCCUAUGCCAUUGGAGUCGCCCAUCCACUCUCCAUUUCUAUCUUCCACUACGGGACCUCCAAAAAGAGUGAGAGAGAACUGCUUGAUAUUGUGAGGAAGAACUUUGACCUCCGUCCCGGCGUUAUUGUCAGGGAUCUGGAUCUGAAGAAACCCAUUUAUCAGAAGACUGCAGCCUACGGCCACUUUGGCCGAGACUCCUUCCCAUGGGAGCUGCCCAAAAAGCUCAAAUACUAAACCUGUUAAGCUUUUCCCCCUAGGCUUGUUGGUGUAUACUACAGAGAAGCCUCCAAGGUUCCAGGGGUGAAAUGCACUUCUCUCCCUUUCUCCUUCUCUCUUCUCAAAAUAUGACACAUGACUCCAUUCUUACUCCACUUCCAUCUUUGUCUUGUUAACUUUUUUUUGCUGGUUGGGCAAUCAUGCUGGAUGGUAGGAGGCAUGCCUCAGACUCGUUUUUCUUUUAAUGGGAUGAGUUCCAUGAACUCACACCUAGUGGUAUUUUGUUUUAGUCUUGAAGUCCCUCUGCUUCUUUUUGUCGUAGUGUAGCUGCAUUCAGUUCUCCUUCGGCAUUCCACUCUUGUCAGUAGUAUAAGUCGUCAACUUGAUGUCACAAUGGUAGCGUAUUUGGCAAUAUGCGACGCCCUUCUCACUUCUAUGGUGCUAUUGAAUUUAGAGAGCCAACUUGAUAUCUAAAAUAUUGGUAUCGUGUAUUUAAAUGUGUAAUUUCAUAGUUGGGAGUCCAGUUUCCUGCCACUAAACCCUUCAGUUUGGUUUCUUUUCAAACAUUCCUCUUACUUUUGUCCCGAUUGUCUCCUUUGUUGGGUUUAUUUCCUUGUCUUCGUGGAGGAUGGUAGAAAGGCACAGAUAAAAUUCAAGGGUUGUUGCUGUCUUUACUAAAAAUGCUAUGCAUUUCAGGCUAAGGAACAAGCCAAAUCCUAAUGAUACAAGCUCAACUGAGCAUAAGAUCUCACAUGCCUCUCCAGUCCUUUGCUGUUUUCUGACGUAAUACAGAAAAGUCAGAAGCUGCUAUGUCACUGCUCUGGUCUGCAGAGGUAUUUGAUAUACUUGAUAUUAAUGGAAAAUUAGCUUGUUUAUGCAUUAAAAUGCAGUUUUUAAACUAGCCAUUUUUAAAUGUUUCCCUUGUUUUUUAUGGUUUAGAAGUGACUAAAGAUUCUUGUUCUCCUGAAGUAUUGAUGGCAGGUGUAGCUACAGAGAAACCUGUUUCCCAUCUUUAUCGAAGGAGCGUGCUCUUUUCCACCAAGUCUUAUUGGCUAGGAAUCAAAUCGCAACACUAUUUAUUUGUUCUCUGAAACCCGGCGUGGAUACAGAGAAGCCGGCGUUUCAGAAGGCAGCUUUAAACAGACUCGGUUUUUGACUCUUGAAUUCCUUUUACUUGAUCAUUUUGGUGUUUGGCUCGAGGCCCCAGAGUGUUGUACAGAAAAGCUUUGGUGUGCCUCAGGAACGUGUCACUGGUAACUAAGAUUUUUUUUUGUUUAUUUUGAAGUUGCAGGUUUUUUAUUUUUUUUAGGGUAACUUAAAGUCCGACUAAAAUGCCCAGUGCAAUUCUAUAGCUCUUACCUAUCUACAUUAAUGAGAUGGCAACAUUUGGUUGGUGUAGUACAGAGAAACCAGCCCUGUUUACACAGCCUUCUCAUUAAUUGGGUAGUUUAGUUUUUCUUUUGUCCCCCUUUACCACUCAGAGGUCAUCCCAUGGGAUACAGUAAGUGUAAGAGUGCCUUUUUCUUUUCCUCCGGUCCCAUUUCCUUUCCUCUCUCCACGUCAACAUGCAUCUGACUUCUAUAGAAAUCAGUAGCUCAUACUGUAAUGUAUUAAUGUCUAGACUGCAUAGUUUGCUGAUUCCCUGUAAUAAAAUAGCUACUCAUUUCAAA